UUUAACAGGAAUUCAGAGCUAUCGUUUUACAGAUUGCCAAAAAACACCGAAAGGAGAAGUAAAUAUAUUGUUCAUGCCAAAGACCACUGACAACAGGUGGGUUGACAGGUUGCUAGGGUCACUAACAAGUGCAACUAAAUGUAAUUUUUGCUGAUUAUUGUCAGUUAUACUGACAUCGUCUAAUGAGGAAAGGUGGGGUGACUGGCGGUUUGGCACACAUCAAAGGGAUUUGAUCUGCUAUCUGCUCUGUAAGGAAUUAUUUCACUCAGAAAUGAAAAAUCUGUCAUUGUUUUCUUCCAUUUAUACUUGAAGGCAGAGCAUUUUCAUUCUGUUUUUCAAAAUGUGACUUUCUGUAUGAGACUGACAUCUAGUGGACUUAUUUAUUACAUGACUGUUUGCACACGUUUCAUAAACACAACCAGGAAAUGAUUUGAGUUCAGAGAAACUGAAACUGUUGAGCUGUUGUGUGUUUCGUUUUUCUUUCUGUGUGAACAUACAGUGAAAUGGCAGAAGCCAGUAUUUCAAUGGCUCAGGAUCAGUUCAUCUGUUCAAUCUGUCUGGAUUUACUGAAGGAUCCAGUGACCAUUCCCUGUGGACACAGUUACUGUAUGAGCUGUAUUACAAACUACUGGAAUCAAGAUGAUCAGAAGAGAAACUACAGCUGCCCUCAAUGCAGACAGACCUUCAAUACAAGACCUGAUUUAAAUAAAAGCACCAUGCUGGCUGAAGUGGUGGAGAUGCUGAAGAAGACAAAACUACAAGCUGCUCGUCCUGAUCACAGUUAUGCUGAAGCUGGAGAUGUGAAGUGUGACGUCUGUACUGAGAGAAAACACAAAGCUGUCAAGUCCUGUCUGGUGUGUCUGAACUCUUACUGUCAAACUCAUCUUGAACAACAUGAGAAUUUAUUCAAAGGAAAGAGACACAAAGUGAUAGACGUCACUGGACGACUUCAGCAGAUGAUCUGCCCUCAACAUGAGAAACUUUUAGAGAUUUACUGUAAAACUGAUCAGCUCUGUAUAUGUUAUCUGUGUAUGGUGGAUGAACACAAUGAACAUAAAACUGUAUCAGCUGCAGCAGAGAGGACUGAGAAACAGAAAGAACUGAAGGAGACGCAGAGAAAAUAUCAUCAGAGAAUCCAGGAGAGUCAGAAGAAGCUUCAGGAGCUGAGAGAUGCUGUGGAGACUCAUAAGCGCUCUGCACAGACAGCAGUGGACGACACUGAGACGAUCUUUACUCAACUGAUCCGAUCCAUUGAGAGAAGACGAUCUGAGGUGACACAGCUGAUCAGAGAUCAGGAAAAGACUGCAGUGAGUGAAGCUGAAGGACUCUUGAAGCGACUGGAGCAGGAGAUUGAUGAUCUGAGGAGGAGAGACGCUGAGCUGGAGCAGCUUUCACACACAGAUGAUCACAUCCAUUUCAUCCGGAGUUUCCAGUCUCUCUCUGUUCCUCCUGGAUCUACAGACUCACUCAGCAUCACUGUCAGCUCUCUCAUCUCUUUUGAUGAUGUAGGAAAAUCUGUGUCUCAUCUGAGAGAGAAACUGGAGGAUUUCUGUAGAGAAGAGACAGAGAAGAUAUUUGAUCAAAGUAAAGCACCUGAACCUGAGACCAGGGAGCAGUUCCUAAAAUAUUAUCAUCACUUCACUGCAGAUCCAAACACAGCACAUAAAUAUCUCCGUCUGUCUGAGGGGAACAAAGUGAUUACUGACACUUACACAGUCCAGUAUCCUGACCAUUCAGACCGAUUUGAUGGUUAUCCUCAGGUGUUGUGUAGUGAGAGUUUGUGUGGACGCUGUUACUGGGAGAUUGAGUGGAGAGGUCGAGUGUUUAUAUCAGUGUCAUAUAAGAGCAUCAGCAGGAAGGGAGGUAAAGAGUCUUUGUUUGGAUUUAAUGAUCAGUCCUGGAGUUUGUGCUGCUGUGACUCCAGUUGUUCAUUCUUUCACAAUAACAUUGAGACUAAACUCCCUGUAGUGUCCAGAUCUUCUAGAAUAGGAGUUUAUGUGGAUCACAGUUCAGGAUCUCUGUCCUUCUACAGCGUCUCUGACACAAUGACCCUCAUCCACAGAGUCAAGACCACAUUCACUAAACCUCUCUAUCCUGGGUUUUAUGUUGUUUAUGGAUCAGUGAAACUCUGUGAUCUAACAAUAUAGAUGAUACAGAGAGUCUACAAAUAAUUUUGUCAUAUUAGAUGUAACUGUUGUCAUUCACUAAUUUUUACAUACUGUAUUAUAAAUAUGCAUUUUGUUUUUAUAAUUUGUUUUGUAAUUAAUGUGUUUAUGUUUUCAGUUAUUUCCUCAAAUGCACUUUAAGUAAUGAGUUAAAAUGUUAGUUAAGUAAAAUGUGAUGUAUUGUAAAUUGAUUAAGUUCACUUUAAAUGUAAGGCGCAAAUGCGUCACGUUCGGCGGAAGUGACGAUCUUUCUAGUUGCCGCGAUGGACUGACGAUGAGCGGACGUUUGUGAUUGUCCGCGUGUAUUGCACUUUAAAGUUUAUUAUAUUGUAAAAAAUCUACAAGAAGAUCAUGCAGCUUUAAGGACUAUAAGACCUCUUUCGCAACCAAGCAGCAAACGAGGUAUUUGUGACAUAUUCAAUGUGUUUGUUAAGUUUAUUAUGAGAGAACUGUGUGAUCAUAUGCUGAUGUAUUGAUAAAAUACUCAUUUGCAGUUCUCACGGCGUGAACGCUACAAGUUUCAAGAAUAAACACCCGUUUAAAGAACGACCUGUGUCUGUGGUGUUGUUGAAAGAGCUACAUUAGAAGUCUGAACAUGAUGAAUCAACAACAAAGAAAUUACUAAUUAGUAAUUUUAAAUAACUGAUUAAUGUUAUAUUUUAAUAAUUGUAUUUUGUCCUGUUAAACAGAGGUAGCUGUACAGUAGUUAUUCACAGUUAAUAUUAUUCAUCUACAGCCGUGUAGAUUCUUUUAUGUGUACAAACCACUAUAAAUAAAAUGUUAUACAAUCUACUUAAAUGUAUGGGUCUGAAUUUAAAAUGAAUCUCAAUCCACUUUAAUUUUGGCAUUUAGUUUGACAUUAGUUUAAUCCCAAAUAUACAAUGCUGAAUAUACAACUAUGCAUUUAUACUAAACAUUUCUUACAAUAUGUUUAAAGACCAUCACUAAAGUUAAUUAAUGUCUGAAUUGCACAAAAAUGUCCCAGUACCAUAAAAUCAUUAAAGGAGACAUAACAUGAAAAUCUGACUUUUUCCAUGUUUCACGAGUUCACACUUACAUAUAAUUUAUAGAGUAAUUUUGAAUGCGUGUUUGGCGUUGUGUCCAGGGGAGGGCUUCAAGCUCGGACUUGGCCCGAACCCAGA